AUGGAGGCCACCGUGCUGCAGCAUCCCUUCAUGGAGCUCCGCGUGCUGGAGAACAACAAGCGCUCGCGGCGCAACCUGGGGCUGGACUGCGACGAGCACUCCACCGAGUCCCGCUGCUGCCGCUACCCGCUGACUGUUGACUUUGAGGCCUUCGGCUGGGACUGGAUUAUUGCCCCCAAGCGGUACAAAGCCAACUACUGCUCGGGCCAGUGCGAGUACAUGUUCAUGCAGAAGUACCCGCAUACCCACCUGGUGCAACAGGCCAACCCCCGGGGCUCGGCCGGGCCCUGCUGCACCCCCACCAAGAUGUCCCCCAUCAACAUGCUUUACUUCAAUGACAAACAGCAGAUUAUCUACGGGAAGAUCCCGGGCAUGGUGGUUGACAGAUGCGGCUGCUCUUAA